GGACAGGGAGGAGGGAAAGGGAAGGAGGUGUUUCUGCCCGUUCCCUCUCUGCCCCGGCAGUCUCUCUCUUUCCCCUGGCAGAUGCAGUAGAGGCCUGGCAGGGCACAGGCCAACCGGGCCCAGGAUCGAGAGCCCUCAAGGGAUCAACUGAGAUUAAGAUCCUGCUUGCUGGGGCUGGAGGGGCAGUGGGACCACCUGCUGCACACAAGACCACUUUCUUGACCGGCAUCUCAGUCUGGCUUGGGCUCUUGACCUGCGGCCCCCAUCCCUGGAGCCAUGGGCAAAAAGUCAGGCCCCCCCUGCGCCCCCGAAGCGGGGAAGGGGGAAGGGGAAGGGACACUGGAGCGGGGCCAAUGGAACAACAAGAUGGAGUUCGUGCUGUCCGUGGCCGGGGAGAUCAUCGGGCUUGGCAAUGUGUGGCGCUUCCCGUACCUCUGCUAUAAGAAUGGGGGAGGAGCCUUCUUCAUCCCCUACCUCAUCUUCCUCUUCACCUGUGGCAUUCCCGUCUUCUUCUUGGAGACGGCGCUGGGCCAGUACACCAGCCAAGGGGGCGUCACAGCCUGGAGGAAGAUUUGCCCCAUCUUCGAAGGCAUCGGCCUAGCUUCUGUGGUCAUCGAAUCCUACCUGAACAUCUAUUACAUCAUCAUCCUUGCCUGGGCCUUCUUUUACCUGUUCAGCUCCUUCGCCGCAGAACUGCCCUGGGCCACGUGUUCCAACUACUGGAAUACAGCCCAGUGCGCGGUUUCCCUGAACAGCUCGGAAAAUGGCACCUGGACGGUUCUCUCCAAUGCCACCUCACCUGUCGUGGAGUUCUGGGAGAGGCGGGUAUUGAAGAUCUCGGCAGGCAUUCACGACCUGGGCGCCCUGCGCUGGGAGCUGGCCCUCUGCCUCCUGCUUGCCUGGAUCAUCUGCUACUUCUGCAUCUGGAAGGGUGUCAAGUCCACGGGCAAGGUGGUCUAUUUCACAGCCACAUUCCCUUACCUGAUGCUCAUCAUCCUGCUGGUCCGGGGUGUCACCCUGCCUGGAGCCACCAAGGGGAUCAUUUACUACCUGAAUCCAGAUGUGCAGCGUCUUGCAGACCCACAGGUGUGGAUGGAUGCGGGCACACAGAUAUUCUUCUCCUUUGCCAUCUGCCAGGGCUGUCUGACAGCUCUGGGCAGCUACAACAAGUACCACAACAACUGCUACAGGGACUGCAUCGCACUCUGCUUCCUGAACAGCGGCACCAGCUUCGUGGCCGGCUUUGCUGUCUUCUCCAUCCUGGGCUUCAUGGCGCAGGAGCAGGGGGUACCCAUCUCUGAGGUGGCAGAGUCAGGGCCGGGCCUGGCCUUCAUUGCUUUCCCCAAGGCCGUGACGAUGAUGCCCUUGUCCCAGCUCUGGUCCUGCCUUUUCUUCCUCAUGCUGAUCUUCUUGGGGCUGGACAGCCAGUUUGUCUGUGUGGAGUGCCUGGUGACUGUCUCCAUGGACAUGUUCCCCAGGCAGCUGCGGAAGAGGGGUCGGCGGGAACUCCUCAUCCUGGCCAUCUCCGUCAUGUGCUACCUGCUGGGGCUGCUCCUCGUCACUGAGGGUGGCAUGUACAUUUUCCAGCUGUUCGACUACUACGCGGCUAGUGGCAUAUGCCUGCUCUUCCUGGCGAUGUUUGAAGUCUCCUGCGUUGGCUGGGUAUACGGAGCGAACCGUUUCUAUGACAACGUCGAGGAUAUGAUCGGCUACCGACCUUGGCCGCUCGUAAAAAUCUGCUGGCUCUUUCUCACCCCGGGUCUCUGUCUGGCCACGUUUAUCUUCUCCCUGACCAAGUACGUGCCGCUCAAAUACAACAACGUGUACGAGUACCCACCUUGGGGCCAGGCCAUCGGCUGGCUCAUGGCCCUCUCCUCCAUGGUCUGCGUCCCACUCUACUUCAGCAUCAUCCUGGGCAGGACCCCCGGAACUUUCAAGGAGCGGCUGCUACAGCUGACCACACCAGAUUCAGACCUGCCACAGCUCAAACCACGUCUGGAUGGCGUCUCCCAGCCUGGAGGACUGCUCUCCCCGGCUCAGGAGGGCUUCGGGGCUCCGGGGAAGGAGACUUGGCUGUAGGGAGUGGUGAGGGACUGAGGGAGGCUGGGCUGGACCCUGCAGGGACAGCCUGGGGAGGUGGGGCCCCUGUCUUCUCCAGGUGGACCAAAGGGGCAAAGGUCUGAGAUCGCUCCGGGGCAGGCCAGGCUCAGGGACGCAACCUGUCAAGGGCAAAGUGGACUUUCUGGCUGAGGGGAUGUGGGAGGCCCUCUCUGACUUCUGGUGCAUCUCUGGCGGGGUGGUGUUUGUGGAUCUCCGGGGGAGGAGCCCUCCUGGUCCGGUCCUAGGGGUGGUCCACACCUAUGGGGGUUCUGGUCAGAUUCCCUCCGAGGUCCUUCUCCCCCUCCCAGGCUGACCCGGUUAGCUCCCCUCUAUCCUUGGUGAGACCAUUCCCCUGCUCUGGGCUCCAUGGCUUCUCUCCCUUCCAACCCCUACCACCGCCUCUCUCCCUGCCACUACCCUUGUUCCACCCCCCACCUCCAUCCCAGCCCCUGCCCCCUCCCAUCAUGAUGAAGUCCUCCAGUGGAAUGGAAAUGGGCGAUUCCGGCCUCAGUGGCUCUGGCGCCAGCUGACCAUGAGGAUGGUUCACCAACUCCCCGAUACUGGAGUAUGUUUCUUAAACCUUUGUACUUUGAACCCUGAGUUACAGUGGAGCUCCUGGUCACAGGAGGUGGAGACUUGUUGGUGAGAAGGAGGGGGGAUUGGAGAGGAUCCCCAGCUCGAUUCCUCAGGGCCUUGAUGGGUCAGGACACCCUUAGCCCCCCAUGCCCUGAUGUGUGUGGCCGGGAGCUAUGUUGGAAACUGGCAGAAGCCUGGUGUCAACCUUGGAGAGGGCAGAUGCGCCCAGUUCCAGCCAGCGUGGCCCCAUCAGGGCUGAAUAUAGCCCCGACUCCAUCUAUAGCCUUUUUAUAUCUGGCAACUGGCCCGGCUCCACAGCGUCUCCUGCCUCUGAGGGCUGUGGCUUGGAAGCGGUGCCCAUGUUUGGAGGAGACUGGGAAGGGGGAUGCUGUGUCUUUGGAAGAAGUCGUGGGUGGUCAGGGGUUGGGGCUCCUCUCCAGAGACAACCCUUAGGUUCGGAUGGACUCCCACGAAGUGCUGAGAGAAAGGUUCUUGUGGCCCACAAGACACCAGGUAGGACUUGGCAGAGUUGUCAUUUGCCCUCCUGGGCAGGACCACCAUCUCUGCCAGCCAGUUCAGCAAAUCCUCCUGAUACCCGCUGCGAACACUGGAAGCCAAGAGCCCCCACUGGUACUAAGCGUGUGUGGACAAGGGAUAGGGAGAGUUUCUUUGGAGUCCAGGCAUCACCCCCAUCAGCUGUGUGACCUGGGCCAAGUACCUUGACUCCUCCCUGUCUUGGUUUCCUCAAUACCAGU